AUGACUGUGAAGAAAACCAAGAAGAAGGCGUCCCGAACGGAGGACGCCACCACCAGCAGUACGAGCAACCUUAGUAAUACUAAUCAAAUGACCAGCAGUUACAGUACUUCAUCCACUUCCAAAUCAACCUCGCAAUCACAAUCUACGUCCCAAAUGCAGAAGACAACGUCUUCAUCAAGUUUGCAGAUUGCGGAUGUUUCCCAUUUACCGGUGGACGCCGCCAUUGUUACUUACACUGUAACAGAAACCCUACCGGGUACCGGGGAGAAAAUUACUACCUACGCCGAUAGUGGUGCUACUAGUACAGAAUACCGGCAUCAGAUUGCUCAAGAAUCAAGCACUUCCAGUUCUACUAAUAUUCAACAGAUCAGUGGAAAUCAUAGUCUCGCAGAGACAUCUUCCUACACUGUAGUAGAACCCAAAGAAGAGAGAAUAAUCGGAAAGAAUGACUCCGCUUGGAAUGGGAAAUUCGUUGUGGAGAAACCCGCAACUAAAGUGUCUCGUUUUUCUUCAUCAAGUUCUCAACAAAAAUCAUCUUCUUCUUCUGUUAUGAAAAGCUCUUCAGCAUCCUACAUCAUUAAAAUGGUCGAUGGAAAAGAAGUACGUGAAUUAGUUGAUGAGAAACAUAAUGAAUCAGGGCACUCAAAGUCUGCGUUCAAAGAGGAGAAUAUGUCGAUGAAAGAUGGCACUGAUAUCACACCGGAAAUCCACUAUUCAAAACAUGGCGGAAAAAGCGCUACUGUUUACGACUCCGCUGUGCCAGAAUUAACCGCUCCAAAAAGCAAAACCUCUGAAUACUCUACAGAAUAUCAUAAAGUAGGUGAUUCUGUGACUACAUCAGCUAACUAUGAAAAGUCAACCGAUGCUAAGAAUAUGUUAGAACACACACAUUCCGGAAAACAUUCCAUUAAAGAUUCAAGUCAAACUCAAACUCAAGCUGGGCAAUAUGGUGAUACAAUCGAAAAAUGUGAGCAGUACAAGCAAGUCACAUCAAAGCGAAUUCGUGGAGAAUACAGGGAAACAACUUUUAUUACAACUACAACCACUUAUUAUGACUCUACAGGAAAGGUGAUCAAACAGGACUCGAAUUCCGAAGCGUACGGAUCACCAUCUGUGACCAAUCAACAAACUGUCAGCAGUAGCAGUGAUUUUAUCACUAAUGAAACUAAUUCUACAAAUAUUAGUAAUAUUAGUAAUGUUUCUAAUAUUCAAUCUUCUUCAAAAAUUACUUCCAAUGAAUAUCAAGACCAUACCACGUUGAGUAGCUCACAGAUAGACCGCCAUCUUGUUGACCAAACAUCGAAAUCUGUCCGCGAGCGAACACCGACGCGUAAACCAUCGGUUUCCAAGUCGCCCACACGAAAGUCGCCCACGAGGAAGCCGAAGAAGCCAGAGCGCAGCGGCAGCCGCACGCACAUCUCCGACUCGAAUAUUGUGCAAGAUAUUCAGAACUUUCUCGAUGGUAACGAUACGAUCACAACGACAUCUACAUCCGAAACCACUACAAAAGUGAAUAACAUCAACAAUAAAGUAACUGGUAGCGAAAGUGUUGAUUUUAUCCGAAACGAAACUCGUCUACCCUUAGAUAACACUGAUCACUCACAUACCACUGUAUAUGAGGUGAUUACGACUGAAUAUGACACCAACAGUAAUGUUACCAGUGUACAAGACGACCGGUCCACUAUUAAAAAGGACGUUCAAUCAUUUAUUGACACUGAAAUCAUCAAGGACACAACUACAUCUAAAAAUGUCAUUGAAGACGUCUCUACUGAUCGCAGGAGUAUUGUUAAUAAAGAGUUUAUUACCGAUGUUGUUGAUAAGACAUCAACUGUUGAUGUUAAAGAUGUCAAUAUUGUUGAGAACAUCACCAAUAUCAAAGAAAUUAAUGAAGUUGAAAAUGUGACCAAAGUGGAUAAAAUCAUCGACAACAAAGUAAUAAACAUCACGAAAGUCAUUAAAGAGGAGCCCAAACCCACGAAAGUCACACUGCCCAAGAAGGAGGUGUGCAUUUGUGAAAUGUGUACUUGCGGUCGCCACAGCUGCCCGCACAAUCCAGAAAAGUAUAAUGACCACCUCCACCUUGAAGGUCCGUUUAUAGGUACACCUAAAGAUGAGUACAAUGCGACGCGCGGGGAAAGGGCCCCGAUUAAAAUUCCCCAGGAUAAUCUGAAACUUGAGGGCGAUUUUGUUAAGCGUACACCUGAUGACUGGAAGCCUGCAGAUAGGCCCAAACAAAAGAAACCACAGGAUAAUUUGUACAACGAAGGUGAUUUUGAGCGUCCUGACAAGGUUUGUUAUCGUCCCGGUGAGAGACCCACACCUAUCAGACACAAUGACAAUCUUCGUUUGGAGGGAGAUUUUGAGACCCCUGAAAAACCGAAGUUUGUACCUGCAGAACGUCCAAAACAAAAGAAACCCGAAGAUAAUUUAUACAUGGAAGGUGACUUUCCUAAGCGUAAACCUGAUGAAUGGCAACCUGCAGAAAGGCCCAAACAGAAGAAACCUCAAGAUAACUUGUACAACGAAGGUGAUUUUGAUCGCCCUGAUCGUCCAGAGUACCGCCCAGCUGAAAGACCAUCACCAAUUAAACCAGGUGACAAUUUAAAACAGGAAGGUGACUUUGAACGCCCUGUUAAGGAAAAAUAUAGACCCGGCGAGAGGCCAUCGCCAGUUAAGCAACCUGAUAAUUUGAAACAAGAGGGUACCUUUGAAAGACCUGAUAAACCCAAAUUUGUUCCUGCAGAACGUCCAAGACAAAAAAAGCCUGAAGAUAAUUUAUAUCUUGAAGGAGAUUUUCCAAAACGUAAACCUGAUGAAUGGCAACCUGCAGAAAGGCCUAAACAAAAGAAGCCUCAAGAUAACUUAUAUAAUGAAGGUGAUUUUGAUCGUCCCGAUCGUCCAGAAUAUCGCCCAGCUGAACGACCUUCCCCAAUUAAACCAGGUGAUAAUCUUAAAUUAGAAGGAGAUUUUACUGGAACCAGGGAAGUCAUAACUGACUACAGAACUUUCAAGGGUGAACGUGCUGAGGUUACCCGUCGUGUAGAUAACAUUGUACUUACUGGUGAUUUUAUUGACGAAACCACGAACAAAUCAACUUUCACAGGUGAACUUAUUGAACGCGUUUCCCCAGUUCGUCGUAAUACCUGGACAAAGGUUGAUGGUGAGUUCAUCCAUGACACUACAAACCGUUCGGAAUUCAUCGAUCACACCAAUAUUGAACGUACUACUCUGGUUCAGAAGAGGAGGGACAACUUAACUGUAGAAGGCGACAUGUAUUUUACAACAUCUACCACUGAAGAGUUCACUGAGAAGAAUGUGCCGGUUGAACAAAGACGUCGGAGAACCUGGACUAAGGACGAUGUUGAGAAAUUUUAUUCUACUAGAGAUGAUAUAGUCCAUACCACCUCCCAAGAUACAUAUAAAGUUAUCAAAGAUGUUAAUAUCAGAGAAGAUGUUGUCAUACAUAGAGAUAAUCUUACUCUUGAAGGACCUUUUGAUGGUAGUACCAGAGCUAAGGAAGAUUUUGUGCCCAAAACAGUGGAACGGCCAACUCCAACAAAACCGGUCGAUAACUUAAAAUCAGAAGGAUCAUUUGAUAAACGCAAACCAGUAGAAUGGAAACCAUCUGAAAGACCCUCUCCGAUUAAACCCGAUGAUAAUUUAAAACAAGAAGGUACUUUUGAAAGACCUGAAAAACCUAAAUUUGUUCCGGCUGAGCGCCCAAAACAAAAGAAACCCGAAGAUAAUCUAUAUAUGGAAGGUGAUUUCCCUAAACGUAAACCUGAUAAAUGGCAACCUGCAGAAAGGCCUCAACAGAAGAAACCUCAAGAUAACUUAUACAACGAAGGAGAGUUUGAUCGUCCUGAUCGUCCGGAAUACCGACCGGCGGAAAGACCGUCUCCAAUUAAACCAGGCGAUAACUUAAAGCAAGAGGGCACUUUCGAAAGACCAGAUAAGCCUAAGUUUGUUCCGGCUGAACGCCCAAAACAGAAGAAACCCGAAGAUAAUCUAUAUAUGGAAGGUGAUUUUCCCAAACGUAAGCCUGAUGAAUGGCAACCUGCAGAAAGGCCCAAACAGAAGAAACCUCAAGAUAACUUAUAUAAUGAAGGAACUUUUGACCGUCCUGAACGUCCUGAAUAUCGUCCAGCUGAAAGACCUUCUCCAAUUAAACCUGGUGAUAAUUUAAAACAAGAAGGAGAUUUUGAACGCCCAGUAAGAGAAAAAUAUAGACCAGGAGAAAGACCGACGCCAUUCAAACAGCCUGAUAACUUAAAACAGGAAGGUACCUUUGAAAGACCUGAUAAACCCAAAUUUAUUCCUGCAGAACGGCCUAUACAGAAAAAACCUGAAGAUAAUUUGUAUCUUGAAGGUGAUUUUCCUAAACGUAAACCUGAUGAAUGGCAACCAGCUGAAAGACCCAAACAAAAGAAGCCCCAAGAUAAUUUGUAUAAUGAAGGUGACUUUGAUCGCCCUAAUCGUCCAGAGUAUCGUCCAGCAGAAAGGCCCUCACCGAUUAAACCAGGAGAUAAUUUAAAACAGGAGGGUGAUUUUGAACGUCCAGUAAAGGAGAAAUACAGACCUGGAGAAAGGCCAACGCCUUUUAAACAACCAGAUAAUUUGAAGCAAGAAGGUACUUUUGAAAGACCUGAUAAACCCAAAUUUAUUCCUGCUGAACGACCUAAACAAAAGAAACCUGAAGAUAAUUUAUAUAUGGAAGGCGACUUCCCUAAACGUAAACCUGAUGAAUGGCAACCAGCAGAAAGGCCCAAACAAAAGAGACCCCAAGAUAACUUAUAUAAUGAAGGAGAUUUUGAUCGUCCUGUUCGGCCAGAAUAUCACCCAGCUGAAAGACCAUCACCAAUAAAACCAGGAGAUAAUUUGAAACAGGAGGGUGAUUUUGAACGUCCAGUUAAAGAAAAAUAUAGACCGGGUGAGAGGCCCACGCCAUUCAAGCAGCCUGAUAACUUGAAGCAAGAAGGUACGUUUGAAAGACCAGAUAAACCUAAAUUUGUCCCAGCCGAACGCCCAAAACAGAAAAAGCCAGAAGAUAAUUUGUAUCUUGAGGGUGAUUUCCCAAAACGUAAACCUGAUGAUUGGCAACCUGCUGAAAGACCUAAACAAAAGAAACCUCAAGAUAACUUAUACAAUGAAGGAGAGUUUGACCGUCCUGACCGUCCUGAAUAUCGCCCAGCUGAGAGACCAUCGCCAAUAAAACCAGGGGAUAAUUUGAAACAAGAGGGUGACUUUGAGCGUCCAGUAAAGGAAAAAUACCGACCUGGAGAAAGGCCAACACCAUAUAAACAACCUGAUAAUUUGAAGCAAGAAGGGACUUUUGAAAGACCAGAUAAACCCAAAUUUGUUCCUGCAGAACGCCCAAAACAAAAGAAACCCGAAGACAAUCUAUACAUGGAAGGUGAUUUCCAUAAGCGUAAACCUGAUGAAUGGCAACCAGCAGAAAGGCCCAAACAAAAGAAGCCUCAAGAUAACUUAUACAACGAAGGUGAUUUUGAUCGUCCUGAUCGUCCGGAAUACCGUCCAGCUGAAAGACCCUCGCCAAUCAGACCUGGUGAUAAUUUGAAGCAAGAAGGAGACUUUGAACGUCCAGUUAAAGAGAAAUAUCAACCAGGCGAAAGACCUACUCCAUUCAAACAACCUGAUAAUUUGAAACAAGAAGGCACGUUUGAAAGACCGGAUAAACCUAAAUUUAUCCCUGCAGAACGUCCAAAACAAAAGAAACCUGAGGAUAAUUUAUAUAUGGAAGGUGACUUCCCAAAACGUAAACCUGAUGAAUGGCAACCAGCCGAGCGACCCAAACAGAAGAAACCACAAGAUAAUUUGUAUAACGAAGGAGAAUUUGAUCGUCCUGAUCGCCCAGAAUACCGUCCAGCUGAAAGGCCAUCGCCGAUCAAACCUGGCGAUAAUUUGAAACAAGAGGGUGAUUUUGAACGUCCAGUUAAAGAAAAAUACCGACCUGGAGAAAGGCCAUCUCCAGUGAAGCAACCUGACAACUUAAAACAAGAGGGCACGUUUGAUAGACCUGAUAAGCCCAAGUUCAUCCCUGCGGAACGUCCAAAGCAAAAGAAACCAGAAGAUAAUUUAUAUAUGGAAGGUGACUUCCCUAAACGUAAACCUGACGAAUGGCAACCAGCCGAAAGGCCCAAACAGAAAAAGCCUCAAGACAAUUUGUACAAUGAGGGAGAUUUUGAUCGUCCCCAUCGUCCAGAAUAUCGCCCAGCUGAAAGACCUUCACCAAUCAAGCCAGGUGAUAAUCUUAAGCAAGAAGGGGACUUUGAUCGCCCAGUUAAAGAAAAGUAUAGACCUGGUGAGAGACCUACGCCCUUCAAACAACCUGAUAAUUUGAAACAAGAAGGUACCUUUGAAAGACCUGACAAACCCAAAUUUGUUCCCGCCGAACGUCCAAAGCAAAAGAAACCGGAAGAUAAUUUAUAUAUGGAGGGUGACUUUCCUAAACGCAAACCUGAUGAGUGGCAACCAGCAGAACGACCCAAACAGAAGAAACCACAGGAUAAUUUGUAUAACGAAGGAGAGUUUGAUCGUCCUGAUCGCCCAGAAUACCGUCCAGCUGAAAGGCCAUCGCCGAUCAAACCAGGGGAUAAUUUGAAGCAGGAAGGCACUUUCGAUAGACCAGAGAAACCCAAGUUCGUUCCGGCUGAACGCCCAACCCAGAAGAAACCCGAAGAUAAUCUAUAUAUGGAAGGUGAUUUCCCUAAACGUAAACCCGAUGAAUGGCAACCCGCAGAAAGGCCCAAACAAAAGAAACCUCAAGACAAUCUAUACAAUGAAGGAGAGUUUGAUCGCCCUGAUCGUCCAGAGUAUCGUCCAGCUGAGACUUCACCAAUCAAACCUGGCGAUAACCUAAAACAAGAAGGUACCUUUGAAAGGCCCGAGAAACCUAAAUUUGUGCCUGCGGAACGUCCCAAACAAAAGAAACCUAAGGACAAUUUACUAACAGAAGGCGAAUUUGAAAAACCGGAACGUGUUCCAGUUGGGCCCGCUGAAAGGCGAGUGUUGAUAAAACAGGAAGACAAUUUGAUACUAGAAGGAGAAAGUAUGAUGCAACGACGGGAUGAUUAUACAAUUAUCAAAGGCGAACGAGUGGAUAUCAUUGUAAGAGAAGACAAUUUGAAGAUGGAGGGUGAGUUUAUUGAUAAUCGUAGGCGUGAUGACUAUAUUGUUGUCAAGGGCGAAAGAGCUGAUGUGGUUGUGAGAGAAGACAAUCUUAAAUUGACUGGAGAAUUUACCGAUAUUCGUAGUAGCGAUGAUUAUUGUGUAACAAAGGGUGAAAGAGCAACGAUUGUCACACGUGAAGACAAUUUGAAAAUGGAAGGUGAGUUUAAUGAAUAUCGGAAGCGUGAUGAAUUCUCUACCAAACGAAUUGAUCGUUCGGAGAUUAUCAAACAUGAGGACAAUUUAUAUAUGGAAGGAGACUUUGAAAAGCGGGUUAUACAGAAAGUUGAACCUGGAGAAAGAAGGACACCUAUUAAACAUGGUGAUAAUCUUUACUUAGAAGGUGACUUUACUACACCAGUGAAGCCAAAAUUCCAGCCAGCUGAACGCGUUACACCUAAAAAACCUAAAGAUAAUCUUCAUAAUGAAGGAGAUUUUGAAAGACCUAAACAUGAACCGGUUGGCCCUGGAGAAAAGAGAACUCCGAUACGACAUGGAGACAAUCUCUUCCUGGAAGGUGACUUUACUACUCCAGAAAAGCCUAAAUUCCAGCCAGCUGAACGUGUUACACCCAAGAAACCUAAAGAUAAUCUUCAUAAUGAAGGAGAUUUUGAAAGACCUAAACAUGAACCAGUUGGCCCUGGAGAAAAGAGAACUCCGAUACGACAUGGAGACAAUCUCUUCCUGGAAGGUGACUUUGUUACUCCCGAAAAGCCAAAAUUCCAACCCGCAGAACGUGUCACACCCAAAAAACCUAAAGAUAAUCUUCAUAAUGAAGGAGAUUUUGAAAGACCUAAAUAUGAACCAGUGGGUCCUGGAGAAAAGAGAACUCCGAUACGUCAUGGAGACAAUCUCUUCCUAGAAGGUGACUUUGUUACUCCCGAAAAGCCAAAAUUCCAGCCUGCAGAACGUGUUACUCCUAAAAAACCUAAGGAUAAUCUUCAGAAUGAAGGAGAUUUUGAAAGACCUAAACAUGAACCGGUUGGUCCUGCAGAAAAAAGAACUCCGAUUUACCAUAGUGACAACUUGUUCUUAGAAGGAGACUUUACGACUCCAGAAAAACCGAAGUUUCAACCUGCUGAACGUGUUACUCCUAAGAAACCUAUUGAUAACCUUCACAAUGAAGGGGACUUUGAUAGGCCCAAACAUGAACCAAUUGGGCCUGGUGAAAGAAGGACUCCAAUUAGACAUGGAGAUAACCUCUUUAUGGAAGGAGAUUUUGUUACUCCAGAAAAACCUAAAUUCCAACCAGCUGAACGCGUAACGCCCAAGAAACCUAAAGAUAAUCUUUGUAACGAAGGAGACUUUGAGAGACCUAAGCAUGAACCAUUUGGACCCGGUGAGAGAAGAACUCCAAUACGUCAUGGAGACAAUCUUUUCAUGGAGGGUGAUUUUACUACUCCAGAAAAGCCUAAAUUUCAACCCGCCGAACGUGUCACACCGAAGAAACCUAAAGAUAACUUACAAAAUGAAGGUGAUUUUGAAAGGCCAAAACAUAAACCAAUUGGCCCUGGCGAGCGUAGAACACCAAUACGUCAUGGAGAUAAUCUUUUCAUGGAGGGUGAUUUUACUACUCCAGAAAAGCCUAAAUUUCAGCCUGCUGAACGUGUCACCCCUAAGAAACCUAAAGAUAACUUACAAAAUGAGGGUGAUUUUGAAAGACCAAAACAUAAACCAAUUGGUCCAGGUGAACGUCGAACCCCAAUUCGUCAUGGAGACAAUCUAUUCCUGGAAGGAGACAUUGUAACUCCAGAAAAACCUAAAUUUCAGCCAGCGGAACGUGUUACUCCUAAAAAGCCAAAAGAUAAUCUUCAAAAUGAAGGCGAUUUUGAGAGACCAACUCAAAAACCUGUUGGUCCCGGGGAACGUCGUACUCCAAUUCGGCACAAUGACAAUCUAUUCACUGAAGGAGAAUUCACAACUCCAGAGAAGCCUAAAUUCGUACCAGCUGAACGCGUUACUCCUAAGAAGCCUAAAGACAACUUGCAAACUGAGGGUACUUUUGAAAAACGCGUAACCACUGUGGUCACCAAAGGAGAACGCGCAGAAAUUGUCAAACACGAAGACAACCUCAAAAUGGGAGGUGACUUUAUUGGUAAACCCAAGGACGACUUUAAACCAGUUCGUGGUGACCGAGCUCCUGUAAAGAAACCACAAGAUAACUUAAAGCUGACCGGAGAUUUUAAAUCAACCACCACCGCACAGAGCCAAUUUACAGUGGUCCAAGGAGAACGUGCUGUUAUCAAAAAACACGAGGAUUCUUUGAAAGUCACCAGCGGAACUACCGAUUAUACCACAACAAGCAGGGAAUCAAUGUCUCCUAAAAAAGUUACAACACCAUCUCCAACCCAUGCUAUUGUUAACAGAAGAAGACAUAUGGAAUCCAGCAUCGUAAUUGGCAGUGACUAUGGUACCAGUACCAAUAAUGUAAGGAGCACAGUGAAAAACGUAAAAGAUGUCAGGGAAACCAAUGUGAGGUCGUCAAAUAUUAAGGAUACUACUGUGAAAGAAACCAAUGUGGUUAAAGAUACUGUGAAUAAAAUAUCAGGCGACAGCAAGACGGAUACAUCAACAGAUGUUAAGACCUUAGCAGAUGGUACCAUUGUAAAGACGACCAGGACAAUCACGAAAGUGCGACAAGGUCAGGUAAAUGGUCAUCAUCAACAAAGUGCCACAGAGAAAUCCACGUCGAGCACAAAUAUCAACCAAAUCAACAAAUCGUCAUCUUCAACACACGUCAGUCACAACACGCAACAAUCAAGCUCGAAUGUCAAUCAACAGUCAACCUUGAUGUCUUCAUCAUCAAACAUCUCCAAUGUAAACCAAGUGUCAAAGUCGUCAUCAUCCGCUCACAUUUCUAAAUCAACCCUUAAUCAAAACACUCUACAACAAACCUCUUCAUCAUCUGCUCUGAACGAAAUCAAGUCCCAUCACGACAGUCAUCACAGGAAAAGCGUAAUGUCUUCGAACGUAGACAUGUCCAACCAAAUACUGCAUCGAAAAUCACAGGUAUCUUCAGUUGAUAACGUACACUCUCAACACAUGUCCAAUACAAGUACAGGAAUGGAUAUUCGUAAAUCCAUCUGUAACAUACACGAUCAAGGCUAUGUCAACAAGUCGCACCAUCAUGACUCAUCAAGAAACACGUUGUCGUCGAUUCAUAGAUCAAGCCAGGAAGCAACCCAAUCACAAAACAUCAAGAAAGGAGGAUGGUCCAACGCGUCUUAUCAAGUUAUCGAUCGCCCACAAAAAAUUGUACGCAGAGAUAACCUCUCAGUAGGAGGAAACUUCUACGGAUCAUCAGAAGCGAAAUCUUACGGUAACUUCACGAAACAACAGAAUAUUCAACAAGUUGAACGAGUUACGCGUCGUUCGAAUAUGUCGCAUAUCACUCUUGGAGAAAGUAAUGUCAACGUGGUUACUUCUUAUAAAAAAGAGUACACUCCAAGGAAUAUUGGGCCUUGUCCUGCUACAUUGAUCGACACGCCCAAGACGCCAUUCCGUCACACCAGGGACACCAAAACUCAUAAAUUCUAUUCGGUUGAAACAAAGUAAAUGCAUUACAUUAACUUUUUUACAUUGCUUUUUUACGUAUUGGACUUUUGAAUGGAGCUUUAAUUUGAUUUUCCUAGAAUUUGCUUUGAUUUAUAUUACUUACAUAUAAUUGAUUAUUUUCUUUAUAUUAUUAUGCAAUUGUAAUCAAUUUUUUUUUUAUGCUACCAUACAGCAUGUGCUUAAGAAUCGUAACAUUGUGAUAAGGCAACUUGCGCGUAUGCAAACGUGUAAGUUUGAGCAAUUGUUUUCUAACCAUGACUAUAUUAUAUUAGAUUUAAGUUUAUAUUUUAGUACUUGAUACGCAAUCGUUAAACAAAUGCAAUAAUGUUUGUUUUCUCGCUUUUUGUUCGUUUAUGUUAUUCGUUUUAUGUUUAUCUUAUCGAAUAAAAUAUCUAUUACUUAA